AUAGUGUCCCUAGAGCUGGAAAUUCAUUUUAAAUGUGUGUUUGCAGUGAAGUGGCAAUGAAAAGUCUGGCAAUACAGUGCUUGGCAUCCAUCAUUGUCUUCAUCAGUCUCUCGUUCUCUCAGGAGGACGGGGAGGGACGUGGACGCCCAAACUAUGUCCUGGUCGACAAUAAAAUCAAUGUUAAGGAAAUCAUAAGAUUUGGUAGAAGGGGCGAUGCAAAUGGAGAGGUCUCAGAAUUUGAUAGUCCCAAGGAUAAUGCGGAAUCCGGAUCAUCACUGACUUCUCUUUUAACGAGGGUAUCCAAUGCUAUUAAUUUGAGGAAGAUGAAAAAUAUGUUGCCAUUGUCUGGCCUAGAGCUAUCGGACACAGGAACUGCCAUCGUUUGUGGACCACCGGGAGCCCACUUGAACGUUUCAUGGACACCAAAACUCGUCGAUAGAGAAAAGGCGAUCCAAUUUUAUUUGGACAUCGUCAAUCCUAUUGAUUUCGGCCACGGUCAAGGUCACAUUGAUGUGUAUCUGGAGGAUAGCCCUGACCCAGUUUUCUCCGUUGACCAAGACAUCGCAUGUAAAGACAUUCAUGAGAUGACUAAACUUAUUACAUGUCCUCUGAAAAAAGGAAAUAGAAUUAAAGUACCAUUUAGUUACAGCGAUUUAAGUCGAGUACCUGUCGGGGCUUAUACUAUAGUGUUGAAGAUCAUCAGUUAUGAUACAAACCCUCAUGCGCUGUUUGCCUGUCUGAACUUCACCCUGAGGGUAAAAGAAACAGAUCAAAUGCUUGCCAAACCACCAAUGCAAGGACAAUAUGAAUUUGAUCAUUUGUAACAAACGUGACAAUUUUCUUGAUUUUUAACCUGAAUGUAGUUGAUUGCUAAUCCUACAAUUCCAGUACAAGAUUAUUACAUAAUUUGUUACAAAAUUUAUAAUUUCUCCUGACUCAAGUUAUGCAGCUCAGCAAAUUGAAUGCUCAUUUGCAAAAUAUUUGCAAAAUACUUUCAAAAAGUAAAAUAUUCGUGUUUAACUUUGUAAUUCACCCAUCAAUUUAAUUUUUUGAGACCGGGACU